GGCAGUUUAGUAAUUUUAAUGGACUCAGUGCGACACAUGUCAUGUUCCCUCUCUCUCUCUCCAUGUGUCUGUCUCUGACUCUCCGUCUCCGUCUUCAGGGUUGGUUCUCGGCAGGCCAUUCAUUCGCUGGUAUCAAGUGUGCGUGCUUGCGUUCUAAAGCAUAUACGUAGGCCCGCCACGGAGAGUCGCAGCUAUCAACGAGAGCCCUUGAAAACACUCUCAUGAUUUUUUCUCUCUUCCUCAGACAUGGACUUCGAAACCCUAAAGAUCGGAGCUUCUGAACAGCUCUCCAUGUACCCCAGCAGGGGAUUGUUUCACCUAGUCAGAGCAUUCCAAUUUAUAGUGGUUCUUUCAUGUAUCCUUUUUUGCCAAGCUACAUGUGGACCAAGCUCCAUGAAUGGGAUGCUGAAGCCAGUGGAACAUGAUGCGUGUGGGUCAUACAGAGACAGGUUUGAUGUGGAGUUUCUGGAUAUUGGUGUUGGUGAUAGUAGUACUCAAUAUGGAAAGCCAAUGACCCACGUAAAUAUUGGGACUGUCUGUACCGACUCUCGUUCGUUCUGCUUCCCAUCAACAUUACCGGGUUUUUCUUCUAAAGAGUAUGAACACAGAGAUGCUGCUCUAGAAGCUUCUGGGAGUCAGUCUGAUUGUCAAUUACCUGAUAAAUCUACUAGGGAUAGCGGGUGGAUGAGUAAUCAAAGUUGGUCAUCUGACCAUGGCAUGUUUGAGUUAUUGAAAGGAGGGAUUGUUUCUUGUUCUUUAAACUCCAAAGAGGACAUUAAUGAGGUAUCAACCAUUCAAGCUGACAGUGCUAAUCAAAAUGAUUUUUCUUUCUCUAGAGGAUCUUUAAUUAAUCAGAAGUGCAAAAGUUUUAGGCCAGAAAGGAACUCUGAGGUGACCAAAACAUGUUCUUUUGAUGGUUCUUCAUCUUUCAGUGUCGAAAUUAAGCCUAAUGUUCUAGAUUGGGGACAAAAGUAUUUGUAUCUUCCUUCAUUAGCUUUCUUGACUGUGGCAAACACAUGCAAUGACAGCAUUUUACAUGUCUAUGAACCUUUCAGCACUGAUGUUCAAUUCUAUCCAUGCAAUUCUAGUGAGGCUUUGCUUGGACCUGGUGAAGUAGCUUCGAUCUGUUUUAUAUACUUUCCUAGAUGGUUGGGCUUGUCCUCUGCUCAUUUGAUUUUGCAGACAAGCUCUGGUGGUUUCCUAGUCCAUGCUAAGGGCUUUGCUAUAGAGUCGCCUUAUGGAAUUCAACCUAUAUUAGGUCUGGAUCUUUCUUCCAGUGGAAGAUGGACUAAGAAUUUGUCUUUGUUCAAUCCCUUUGAUGAAACCCUCCAUGUGAAGGAAGUGACAGCGUGGAUGCUAGUUUCUCUAGGGCACACUUCUCAUUAUACUGAAGUGAUUUGUAGUAUAGAAAAUUUUCAGGGCUCUAAUGACCUUGGUUUGGCAAAUGUUAGGGAACAGUUGGUUGUGAAAAAGGGUCAAGUUGGUGUGCCAGUCUUGGCAAUUAGGCCUCAUGGAAACUGGGAGAUAGGUCCCCAAAGCUCUGAAGCAGUGAUAGAGAUAGAUGUCUCGACUGAGUCUGAGGGGAAAAUCUUUGGUGCAUUUUGUAUGCAGCUGCUAAGGUCUUCACAAGACAAGUCUGAUACAGUUAUGAUUCCUCUUGAAGCAGAACUAGAUGGGAAAGCCGCCUAUGAUGAUCUUUCAGGAUCUAUAUCAGCAUUUCUUGAACCUCUAGUUCCAUGUGAUGCUAGUGAAACUGCUGUUGUUGCUCUGUCUCUGAGAAAUGCUGCUUCUCACUUAUUGAAUGUCAUGGAGGUUAGUGAAGUUUCAGAUAGGAAAAGUUUUCAUAUCCAAUACAUGGAAGGCUUACUACUUUUUCCUGGCACCAUCACACAAGUUGCUUUGAUUACAUGCUCACAGUUGUAUGUUGAAUUAAGCGAUUCUCCACCUGAAGUAGCCAAUAUAUACUGGAGCUGUAAGUUACUCAUACUUACAAAUGACUCGAGCAGUCCUCGGAUAGAAAUUCCUUGCCAGGACAUAACCUAUCACUGUUCAAGACAUCAGAAGGACUCUUCUAUUGGAUUUGAAUAUCAGUCUGAAAAGGUUGAAUCUGGCUAUAUGAUGUCAGGGUCCUUGGGCAGUGGCAUGCAUUCUCCAUCACAGAUCAAGGCUCUGGAUCCAGCAGAAGCUGAUGAAUUCGUUCUAGAAAACUGGAAGUCUCAAGGUACUAAAUGUGGCAUGUCUGUGCUUGAUGACCAUGAGAUAUUCUUCCCAAUGGUUGAAGUUGGAAGUCAUCACUCCAAGUGGAUCACUGUAAAGAAUCCUAGCCCUCAGCCAGUUAUCAUGCAGCUUAUCCUGAACUCAGGAGAGAUUAUUGAUCAAUGCAGUGCCCCUGAUGGGUUCACACAACCACCAUCCAGUAGUUUUGUUCAUGAUGAAUCUAGUGGUCCAGCAAAAUAUGGGUUCUCAAUAGCAGAGAGUGCACUAACAGAGGCUUAUGUUCAUCCUUAUGGUAGAGCAUCUUUUGGGCCAAUUUCCUUUCAACCUUCAAAUCGAUGUAGCUGGAGAAGUUCAGCUCUGGUUAGGAACAAUCUUUCAGGUGUGGAGUGGCUUACUUUGAGGGGAUUUGGAGGGUCACUUUCCCUUGUCCUCUUGGAGGGGCCCGAGCUUGUAGAAAGUGUGGAGUUUAACCUCAACUUGCCCGUUCCUCUGAAUGCCUCUCCCCCCGACACUUUGGUGCACUUGGAAGAGACCAUUUAUGCAUGUUCACAGCCAUUGUCAAAAGAGCUUUAUGCCAAGAACACAGGAGACUUGCCAUUCGAGGUUAGAAAAAUCAAAGUUUCUGGAACAGAGUGUGGGAUGGAUGGAUUUAUAGUGCAUACUUGUAAUGGUUUUGCUCUCGAACCUGGGGAAUCAGCAAAGCUUCUGAUAUCAUACCAGUAUGAUUUUUCUGCAGCCAUGAUACAUAGAGAUCUCGAACUGUCCCUGGAUGCUGGAAUUUAUGUGAUUCCCAUGAAGGCGAGUCUGCCCUUUUACAUGCUUAAUAUCUGUAAGAAAUCAGUCUUCUGGAUGCGAGUGAAGAAAUCCCCUGUAGCAGUCUUCUUUGUUUUUUCCUUAAUAUUUCUGGUAUUCUGUUGGAUAUUUUCCCAAGUCAUAGCCUUGGGAUCCCAGGAUGACUUGUGCAAGAGUGAGAGGAGAUCCAUUGCUGCUGCUUUAAGGAAGGCCGGCAAAACCGUUCUUACGCAUCAUAAUCAGGGAAAUGGGAAGUUGUCUGUGUCGAGUGAGGUGGAUAGUCUCUUAAGGUCUGUUGGGGAUGAAAAAAUCUCGGUGCACGCUUCUGUUCGUAGACAUCCUGAUGGUCAGGACGGGAUCCCAGGACAGGGAAUGACUGCUCAACUUGUGGGACCAACAUUUGAAAAUCAUAAACAACUUGAUGAUCCAUUGGAUAAUCGAAAGGAAAGAGCAUUUCCAUCCUCUUUACUGUCAAAGUCUGUAGCAAUUUAUAAUUCUAAUACAAUAGAAACACCCCAACAAGGUAACCUUACAGUCAAAACUGGGAACGAGAAAGGAAGAAGGCGAAGGAAGAGAAAGGGUGCAGGUUCCAAAUUUACAGGGCUGUUCGAAGUUUCUAGCAGUCAAAGUGGAAAUUCUACACCUUCGUCUCCCUUGUCCCCGUUCGCAUCUGUUACACCCAAACGCACGUGGCUGCCAUCUCCUGAUAUGGAACAAACUAUUGAGGCCAGGUGUCCAUUUACUCAAGAAGCAGACCGACUCCCCGAGAAGGAUGAGGUUUGUGGAUCUGAUACUGAGGUGAACCUAUUGGAGCGUCAGGUUUCUGCAAGGCAUUGCGGUAACAGCUUGCUCUUGCCUACUCCAGAGCAGCCUUCAGCAUCAAGAAAAACAUCUACUAAGCCUGUUCUGUUGCCUUCUGCUACUUUCCCUUGUCUUGGCAGGCCUUCCCCCAAUGCGCUGUGCUCUUCCCCUUUUCUUGCUUCAUCUUCUGCAGUUGCUCCACAUGCUCGAGCUCCUGGGUCCAAGCUUUACAACCAGAAAGCCAAAGAAAAGGCAGGACUUGGGGAUGAAUAUACAUAUGAUAUCUGGGGUGACCAUUUAUCUGGACUGCAUUUACGGUCAAAGGAUGUCACGUCUAUGGUGUCCAAUCCUACAAACCCUCACGACAAUGUCUAUGAUUCUGAAAGCUUCUUUGUAAGGGGUCCACAAAGCCUCGUGACAAUGUCAAAAUCUGUAAGUUUUGGAAAAUAAGGUUAAUUAUAGAUCACUAAAUAAUUGCUAAAUUUCCUUGCA